CCAUUAAUUGCAAUUUACAUGAUUAACAAUGCAUUUAAAUGGCUUUCAAACUUAAUUUUGUUGAAAACCAUUAGCUGUUACUCGUCACUGGAUGUUGCAUCUCCAGGAAAAACAUUUGGGUAUGAUUAAUCUAUGGAGUUGUGAUAGUUCAAAUUUCGUAAUUGUAAAAUAAUCAGCUGUGAUAAUUAUGUCAUUUGCAUAUCACAGAUAUGUAAAACUAAUAAAUAAAACAGAAGUGAGGAUUAUUGGCUACUGGGUUGGAAAAGGUUAUCUGAUAAUGGAUAUCUAGGAAUAUGCAGAUGAAUUGUCUUACUCUUUAUUGUUUAAGGGUAGAAUCCAUGUUAUAUCAAACUUUUAGAAAAGUCACAUUCUUUCUGUUGAUGGGGCAAAUCCCCUAAUACAGCAUCUUGUUUGUUAUGGGUUAAUAGCAAAUGGAUACUAAGGGUCCAGUGACGUUACCACACUUUAAAUCACAUCCUGCAUCUCCUCACAACAGUUGCGCUCAGUGAAGGAGUCAAGGAGCUUUGCACUUCUGUCUAUAAUCAGUUGUGAGUUCAAAACUUAAACUUAACUUGCUUACAUGCACGUGCGCUCAAACCUUUAACGGUCAAUCAUGGGGUGGAAAACAAUCUUGUUUUUAAUAAUAGUUGUUCAUACAUGCACUGGAGAGAGUGGCACAGGUACGAAUCCUCCAUAUCAGGAUGGGCUAACUGAACACAUUGUUUUUUGCAGUUUUAAUGUUCAUAUGGAAAUAUCGAGGAAGGAGUCAACAGACAAGACGUCACCCGACUGUUCCUCAGGUCAAAAAAAUCUUAAAAAUGAAAAGCCAAGCUCAUUUUCUCAUGAAAUGGAAAAGAUCAACACUACACAUCCGUAUAACAGCACUGAUCUGGGUGCAGUGAAUUUAAUAAAAACUACACAGACUGUGAUAACAUUUUCAAUCUCAGAUGAUGUUGUGCAUUUCCUCAAAGGCCUGUUGGUCACACGUGUCAUGCCCUCUUUCUACAUCCUCCUCUUCCUCAUUAGUUUGCCUUUAAAUGCAUUGGCUCUGGUGACGUUCACUUGUAAGAUUAAAGAAAAGAAACCGGCUGUGAUCUACAUGUCAAACCUGGCGUGUGUGGAUCUGCUCUUCACCCUGCUGCUUCCUCUGAAGAUCCACUAUCAUCUGAACGGAUCUGAUUGGGUGUUUGGUGAGGUGGCGUGUCGCGUGCUAAGCGCUGCUUUCUACUGCUACAUGUACUGCUCCAUACUGCUGAUGAUGUGCAUGAGUGUGGACAGACUGCUGGCUGUGGUUUUCCCCAUCGUCUCUCUGACCUGGAGGACAACGAGGAAUUCUGCUUACGUUUGUGCGCUGGUCUGGUUGCUGGCACUUGCUGGCACGGUCCCACUUCUCUCUAUAAUGCAAACAUUUGACAUUAAGCAUGUGGGCAUCACCUGCCACGAUGCAUUGCGUCACGAAGACCCAGCAGAUCAGACGUACAUGAACCUGUUCUCCAUUCUGUCCUGUCUUUACUUCUUCCUGCCGCUGGUCAUCACGUUGGCGUGUUACUCUACUAUUAUAUAUGCACUCAGUGUCAAAUCUGGUCGCUUAGCAACAUCAUCAUCAACCUCAGAUAAACGAGGAAGAGCCGUGAUUAUGACUAUUGCCACAAUGAUAGAGUUUGUGGUUUGUUUUGCAGCAACCAAUGCAAUUUUGUUGUACCACUGUGUUGUUUUGGCCACAGGAGGCAUCAGCGGGGAGGGAAACGCAUCAUAUAUGGCUUACAUGUUAGCUGUGUGUGCAGGGAGCUCAAGUGUUUUUCUGGAUCCUCUGCUGUAUUACUAUGGGUCGUCUCAGUGCAGACAGAAAAUCAGAUCUGUGUUUUGGUGGAAGAAAACACAAAGAUCUACAAAGUUAUCAAACACUGCUGAGCUGUGCAUACAAACAUAAUUGUGUUAAUGUGUAAAGUGCUGAUUAAUCACAUAUAGUUUGCAUUGUAAUGAAUGCUUUUUGGCUUCAUGCUAACACAAGCAUCUAACAGUUAAGCAGUUAAACAACACAGCAAUUGUUAUUAUAUUGUGUGUGUACCUUGUAAAACAAAGUCUAUACAUAUAAAGCAUGUUCAGUUAUUAUGCAGAA